AUUCUGUACGAGUUCUUUUUCUUGGUAUGGUUGGUUGGUUGUUCGCUCACGAUGGUGCUUUUCAGUGUUCGUGUUCUGAACAAAUCACGUUGUCUUCCAGCAAGGCUGUGCGCGGAACAGUGAGAUGAAGAUUAAGCUUCAUUGCAGAUCGGUUGAGCGAGGCUUUGAAUAAACUGCUGAAAGAUGGCCUCGGUAAACAAUACAAGGAUGUCCCUCAUGAGUACAUCUUCGGAAUCGAACCGCAGAGCAAGGAAAAGGCAGCAACCUACAGUGCUAAACGGCGUCAGUAACUCGUACGAAGACAGAAACACUGACUUUUUGUGUCCGAUAUGCUUUGAUGUAAUCGAAGAGGCACACAUGACUCCGUGUGGUCAUACGUUUUGCUACAAAUGUAUAACUACGGGUCUGGAAUACAACAACCGUUGUCCGAAGUGCAACUUUGUCAUUGAGAAGAAAGAACAAGUUUAUCCCAACUUUUUGCUCAAUGAACUUAUCACGAAAUACAAACAAAAAUUGGCAGAUAAAAGGACGAAAUCUCAGAGUCAGAACGAAGUUGCUUCAGAGUUGCACGAGCUAAUGCUACAAGAAGCAGACAACUUGGACCUCACGGACGUCUACAGUAUGCUCGAAAUUCUUUCCCGUAAGAAACAGCAGUUGGAAGCGGACUGCAAAGCUGCGAAGGUCCACCUUCUGAAAGAAUUUUUACAACAAGUGCGUAAGCACAAACAAGAGCAAAUGGAUCAGCUUACUGUUGAACUCAAUUUCAUUGAUGAGGACCUUAAAAGUGUGCAAGCAAAUGAAAGUAGCAGCAGUUCUUCCAUGCAAGGGUACAGCACAGUAGCAUUGCAGCAAGACGGUUCAGGGGAUGUAAUGCAGGAUGGAUUCAAUGGAAGCAAACAUGGCAUGAAGCACCAGUGGUUGCAAAAUACCCUGGUGUCUCGGCGUAAACGUGUCCACCUUCACUUUGAUGAUUUGGAGCAGUGCUACCUCACUGCACGAUCUAGGGACCUAGACAGGCCAUCGCCUGAAGGUUUAGAAGAGUUCACAGAGAGCCUGUCGAAGUUCACAAGAUACAGUAGUAUGCGUCCCCUUGCCACCUUGAAUUAUGCGAGUGACCUUCUAAACGGCACCAGCAUUGUCUCGAGCAUUGAAUUUGACAAGGACAAUGAGUUUUUUGCAAUAGCUGGAGUCACAAAAAAGAUAAAAGUAUUUGAGUAUGCAACAGUGAUUCAAGAUAUUGUGGACAUACAUUAUCCUGUCAAUGAGAUGGUGUGUAAUUCAAAAAUUAGUUGUAUCAGCUGGAGUUCCUACCACAAGGGGAUGCUGGCCUCUAGUGAUUACGAGGGGACAGUGACCAUAUGGGAUGCAUUUACUGGUCAGCGUAUCAAAGUUUUUCAGGAGCACGAAAAGCGCUGCUGGAGCGUAGAUUUCAACAAGGUCGACACAAAAUUAAUUGCAUCGGGUUCUGAUGAUGCAAAAGUGAAGUUGUGGUCUGUUGCCCAAGACCACUCAAUAACGUCCUUGGAAGCCAAAGCGAAUGUUUGCUGUGUCAAGUUUAACCCAGAGUCCAGAUUCCACCUGGCAUUGGGCUCUGCUGAUCACUGCGUUCACUAUUAUGACUUGAGGAAUACAAAGCAGCCUCUAGGUGUGUUCAAAGGUCACAAAAAAGCAGUGUCUUACGUCAAGUUUUUGAAUCCCACAGAAUUGGUGUCUGCAUCAACAGAUAGCCAGCUGAAGAUGUGGAACAUCAACAAUCCCAGCUGCUUACGUUCGUUCAAAGGUCAUCUCAAUGAAAAGAAUUUUGUUGGAUUGGCUACUGAUGGGGACUAUGUAGCCUGUGGCAGCGAAAACAAUGCAUUGUACAUCUAUUACAAAGGGCUGUCUAAACAAGUGCUUACCUUCAAGUUUGAUGUCGUACGCAAUAUUCUGGAAAAAGACAAGAAAGAAGAAGAUACCAAUGAAUUUGUUAGUGCAGUUUGCUGGAGAAUGGGAUCAAGUGUAGUUGUUGCAGCUAAUAGUCAAGGCACCAUAAAGGUCUUGGAGAUGGUGUGAAGAUUGCAUCAGCUUAUUGUGCUGCAAGGAUUAAUUUAUACAUCUUUGUACUCCACGGGGAAUCAUCUUUGUACCCCCGAUUGCCAUGAACUGUGUUAGGCAGACUAAUGUUGCAUCUUCUGAAUAAACUUAUUCUGUUAACA